UAUCGACGCACCUACUUUUCCGCACGUUAUCUUUGUGGACAUGCCCUUGUAGCAUUUUGAAGGGUCUUGUAUGUAGCCUUCAGUCACUUUAUAAUUGAUUUACUGCUAACAGUACAAUGACUGCUAGAGGUACCCCUAGUCGUUUUCUACAAAGUGUGCUUCAGAAUGGUGUUGGUCGGUAUGUUUGUCAGCUGAAGCGCAUUUCUCUAGUCUUCUCCAAGAAAGCGCAAAGUUCGAAUGGAGCAAGAAAUUUCAUUGAAGAGGGUGUGGUGGAUUAUGCAAAGAAGAACCCUGCAACUGUUGUCUACAUCUCCCCGCAACCCUGCAGAAUACCCAGACUAGUGGCAGAGUACCUCAAUGGUCACGUGAGAGAGGAGGUUAUCACUGGCAAGACGUCUCAGGAGAUCUCCGACCUGGUGACCAAGCUGACCAAUCAGUCGGGUCUGGACAUCAUCCGGAUCCGGAAGCCGUACCACACCGACUCUCCCAGCAUUCAGGGCCAGUGGCAUCCCUUCAUCAACCGCCCCCCAUCAGCCGGGCCUAUCCGACCGCCAGGGACCGUUCACGAAUGAUGUGAACACAGUAAUCUAGUGCACCACAGACACUGGCCUCGUGCGGGAGCAGUUGUCAGUGUGUCGACCGUUGUACAGAGUGAACUUGAGCUUGGAUGUUUGGAUGCACACAUGGACUCCAGAGAAAUGUUUUAACAUUUCUGAGACACAGAAAGAGAUGUGGCCAUCUUGUUUUCAUGCAAAGAGCAUUGCUGUCAUACCUGUAUAUGUUUAUUUCAACCUACAGUAAAGGUACUGAUAUUAA